AUGCGCUCUUUCAAAUCGGUCGCCGCGGCCAGCCUUGCCCUCGCAGGGUUCGCCGCCGCAAGUGACGUGCACGACCUGAAGACAGACAACUUUAAACAGUUCAUUUCGGAGAACGACCUGGUAUUGGCAGAGUUCUUUGCCCCAUGGUGUGGCCAUUGCAAAGCACUUGCCCCCGAAUAUGAAGAAGCCGCCACCACCCUGAAAGAAAAGAACAUUGCUCUGGUCAAGGUUGACUGCACAGUCGAAGGCGACCUGUGUAAAGACUAUGGUGUGGAGGGAUACCCGACUGUCAAGGUCUUCCGAGGCCUCGACAACAUCAAGCCCUACACCGGUGCUCGCAAAGCGCCUGCCAUCGUCUCCUACAUGACAAAGCAAGGGCUCCCCGCCGUAUCCCUGCUGACCGCGGAAACCAUCGAAGAGUUCAAGACUACCGAUAAAGUUGUCGUUGUUGCGUACAUCGCCUCCGACGACAAGGCUGCAAACCACACCUACACUGCCCUUGCAGAGUCGCUAAGAGACGAUUACAUCUUUGGUGCUACCAAUGAUGCUACUUUGGCCAAGGCCGAGGGCGCCAAACAACCUUCAAUUGUUCUAUACAAGGACUUUGACGAGGGAAAGAAUGUUUACGAUGCCGCAUUCGAGGACGCAGCUAUCACAAAAUUCAUCAAAACCGCCGCAACACCCCUCAUCGGCGAGGUCGGCCCUGAAACAUAUGCCGGAUACAUCGGAGCCGGAAUACCUCUCGCGUACAUCUUUGCCGAGACCCCUGAAGAACGAACCUCGCUGGCCGAGACCCUCAAGCCUGUUGCUGAGAAGCACAAGGGUGUUAUCAACUUCGCUGUCAUUGACGCAAAGGCUUUCGGCGCCCACGCCGGCAACCUGAACCUCCCUACCGACAAAUUCCCCUCAUUCGCCAUUCAAGAGACGGUCAAGAGCGAGAAAUAUCCAUUCGAGGGAGAUGCUUUGACCGAAAAGAACAUUGGCGCAUUCGUGCAAAGCUUCGUUGACGGCACCUUGGAGCCCAGCAUCAAGUCGGAGCCAAUCCCAGAGAAGCAAGAAGGUCCCGUCACAGUCGUUGUUGCAAACUCGUACAAGGAUAUUGUUCUCGAUGAUUCCAAGGAUGUCCUUAUCGAGUUUUAUGCUCCAUGGUGCGGCCAUUGCAAGUCCCUCGCACCCAUCUACGAGAAACUUGCAGAACUCUAUACCGGCUCCGAUCUCUCCUCCAAAGUGACCAUUGCCAAGGUUGAUGCUACCCUCAACGAUGUCCCCGAUGAGAUCUCAGGCUUCCCAACCAUCAAGCUCUACCCCGCCGGCGCCAAGGACUCACCAGUGGAAUUUUCGGGCGCUCGCACAUUGGAGGACCUCGCUACUUUCAUCAAGGACAACGGCAAGCAUGGUGUCGACGGUCUGGCUGCUCAGUCCGAUGACACUGAUGCGGUCAUGGAGGACGCAUCAGCUACUGCUGGCCAGGAAACGCUUGCUAAAGCUGCACCGGCUGCCACCACCAACGACGAGGGUGUGGUCGAUGCAGUCAAGAGUGCUGUGAGCGGUGCUGCUGAGGCUGCAUCCACAUUCAUCGCCGAUGAUGAUGCCGGUGUCUCUGAGCACGACGAGCUGUAA